AUGAAGACUAAUGUACUGCUCGCUAGGGUCAGGAAUGAUCACGGUAUACGCGUUGACGAGUUCAUGGGCGCAUUGCAGAACUCUUUGCCUGCUAUUCGGGAUACAUGGCUCAUGAACGCUGACCGGCUCGUUGAGGAGAUACAACAAGCGCACUGGAUUGAUGACAUCUGGACUAUACCUGGUGCGCCCGCAAUCCGUGUCUACUUGGACAACGUCGAUAUGUUAGAUGAACGUAAUGUCAUCAACCUGGUUCCAUCCUCAGACGAGUUCCUGGCGUAUCACCACGCGAGAGCCAGGGUUCUCGGCUUGUCAAGCCACAUCACACGCGCUGCUCAAAUGGACGCAGAGCCCUUUCGGAGAUCGAGAGAGAAGGCAUGGAUAUCAGAAGAUCUUAUUGAGUUUGCUGAAAGCACUACCGGUCGGCAUCCCAUCAACUGGCAUACAUGA